AGAAGGUCAAAAUUGAAACAGCUGCUACUGCAGUGAACAAGAAGUUGACAAACGCGAUGUGCAGGCACAGAGGGAAGUGAGCACAGCAAUUUGUGCAGCCGAGUACGAGGUAGGGCUGGUGAAGGGAUAUCCAUGUCAUAAUUGUUGGAAGGAAAAAAAGGGGAUCAUCGCUGAGCAGCGGAUUUAGGUUCACCUGACGGACAUUAGAUGCCGGCGAUAUAGUCCUUUCGGUACCAAUGGGGUUGAAGACAGAAGAAGCGAAUUGCCAGACACAGUUUGAAGCAGCUGUUCAGGUCAUUCAAGGCUUGCCCAGGAAUGCUUCCUAUCGGCCUUCGUAUGAAGAAAUGCUACGUUUUUAUGGUUACUACAAGCAAGCAACAAUGGGUCAAUGCCAGAUCCCAAGGCCAGGAUUUUGGGAUCCUAUUGGCAGAUAUAAAUGGGAUGCCUGGAAAAGCUUGGGAAAAAUGACCAAAGAGGAAGCCAUGGCUGCUUAUAUUAUGGAAAUGAAGAAGGCAGCCCAGAAGACUUUCUGGCAGGUGAUCAACACUGUGCCGAUGGACAAAUCUUCGGAGGAUAUGUUUGUAUACUUUGAACCCCUCUAUGAAGUGAUCCAUGAUAUGCCCAGACCGCCCGAAUCCUUCUUCAAGAAAAAAUCAGUUAAUCCAGACUCAGAGACUGCGUCUUUGCAAAACAGUUCAUUAGAUGGACUUGCUGAAAUCUGUCCAAAUUCACCAGUAUAUGAAGAGUGGAAGCAAACAGGAUCUGGCCUUACCAACAAAGCUAUAAAGAGCAGCCAGGUGACAAAUGAUUCAGAGAAUGGGGUGUUCUGUGAUACCCUAGAACAGGUGGAGACUCACCAGGCCAGAAGGCUAUCAGCCAAACAAAGCUUUCCCUUGAGCAACCCUCCCAGGAAUCAAGCUACAGAGAAAACAGGAUCUUCAAUGGAUCUUUUGGGUUCAUCUCAUCUUAUACACCUGCAGACUGGCCUACCUGAGAUCAGCCAAAACCCUGAAGCCACCAGGGAGAGCCAGAUAAAUGUCUUGACCCAGAAGGACAUGACCUUGCAGGUGAUGAACACCAUUCAAGCUUUGCAGCAGGAUAUGAAAAAAGUGAUGGAAAGACUCAAAUGUUUGGAAUCAUGGGCAGCUUUGCAGCCCCAUACGUCCAUGUUGAAACCUUGCCCUCCAUCCAAAGUACCUGAUACAAAGGACCUGCCAAGUUGGCCUGUACAUCUGUCUCCUCAUACCUGGCUUUUCUUGCUGGCUUGGCCUUUUGUUGUCCAGUGGCUGCUUUGGUACUUCCAGAGACAGAAGCGAUGAAUCCCUUAUUGUCAUUUAAUAAUAGUCAGGGAGAAAAACCUCCUGAAAAUGCCUCAAAAGUUGGGUUUGAACUUCAAACAUCGGACUCCUACCAUUUACCAUGCUUUUUCAUAUUUAUCAAUCUAUCUUGCUACAAUCCUGUGGUUGAGAGUGGAAGAUACUUUAAUUUUCUACAACUAAAUGUAAACUAAAGAUAAAGGUGAGUAUAAAGAAAAAUUUAAGUACAGAUCCUUAUUCCAUCAGCAUGAAGAAAGGUGCAAAAGGAAAUUGAUGCUUUGACAAUAUAUAUCCCGAUAAGCCAAUGGACUUUAACUUUGUGGUGGUUUUCUAAAAAAGGAAUCUUGAACUCUGCUUUGAUUCUGAAAUUGAAUGGCAUGGGAAUGGUAAACAAACUUUUAACUAGUCCAGGAAAGGAACAUUUCUGCUACCAGCUCCCCAAUAUGUAAGGAGCAAUGAAUGUGACAAUGUCUUUUUUUUUGUCGCAGACAAAAAAUUAUUAUAGCUUAAAACUAUAAACUAAAUUAUAGCUGUGGAAAAUAGUUUCAUAUUAAAUAAACUGUGGUGUCUUUAUUUGUCUAUAACACCUACUUGUUCAAAAACAAAACAAAAUAAAAAAAUAAUUCCUAAGAAGA